CAUCAUUUACUUGAAAUACCAGGAGACGGUGAAAAUGCGACUUGGACAAUAUCCAUUGGGCGUGAAGGCAGAGGUAUGGGGAAUGACUCUCUCCGGAUUGUAUAGAAGUCUUGGUUUUCUCGUACGGCAGUUGGAAUGGGCAAUAACUCCGUAAUAUACCAAGAGAUCGACUGAUGGAGUCGCGAGUAUGGGACUUGUAGUGAGGUUGAAUGUAGAAUGCGAAAACAUACUUAAACGUCCGCUGUGAGACCUAAGAAAGGACAUCGCAGCCUUCAAGCCUAGGGAUCCAUUACCAUGUUCCAUCCAACCUCUUUCUUCGCGCUUGGCGCCCUUUUGUUCCUCGCACUGCUUGAUCAGGCUACCGCUGUCACAGCGGGCUGUGGAAAGGCGCCAAGGCUGACCAACGGCGUCCAAAGGGUCACGGUGAACGGCAAGCAACGUCAGUGGACGCUCCGAAUUCCGAACAAAUAUGACAACUCCCACCCAUACAAGUUCAUCUUCGGUCUCCAUUGGCUCAAUGGCGACAUGACAUCCGUGUCGGGCGGUAGCGCGCCAUACUACGGCCUUGCCGCUCUGGCAAACGAGACUGCCAUCUUCGUCGCACCCGAUGGUAUCAACAAGGGGUGGGGAAACACGAAUGGCGAAGACAUCACCUUCCUCGACACAGUCCGCAAGGCAGUUGAGGAUGACCUAUGCGUGGACGAGACGCAGCGUUUCUCUCUCGGUUUCUCCUACGGUGGCGCAAUGAGCUUCAGCCUGGCCUGCAGUCGUGCAAACGAGUACCGGGCCAUCGCCGUCCUCUCUGGUGCAACUCUUUCAGGCUGCAAUGGCGGAAACACGCCCAUUGCGUACUACGGUCAGCACGGCGUCAAGGAUAGCGUCCUACCCAUCGCUAUGGGAAGGGAGAUCAGAGACCGCUUUGUGAGGCUGAACGGAUGCCAACAGAAAAACGCACCAGAGCCUGCCAAGAACAGCAGACAGCGUAUCAAGACGGUGUACGAUGGGUGCAAGUACCCGACGCAAUAUACUGCUUUCGACGGAGACCAUGUUGCGCUUCCUGGAGAUGCUGGUAACGAUGUCGGACCGCAGAGCUUCACGCCCAAGGAGGUUUGGAGCUUCUUCUCCCAAUUCUAAGCCGUGGUCGGCUGUUGUGGUAGAUCGAUGGUGCGAGACUUGGAGGAGUCUGAUGGUGAUAAGUAGCGACUGGAGCCUUCAAGCUCGAGGAAGUUUAGUCAAUGCAGUGACAUGUAUAUAUUCUAUUGUCAGUAUGAGAAUACAAUAAGAUGAGAUGUUUGUCAUUUG